CUCUCUGCCCUCCCUGACCCAUGGUGCUGAAGCAGAUUCAGAAAGAAUUAAGUGAUCCACAGCGUGAUCCACCGGCUCACUGUUCCGCUGGCCCUGUGGGAGAUGACUUGUUCCACUGGCAAGCAACUAUUAUGGGGCCUCCCGAUAGUGCAUAUCAAGGUGGAGUCUUCUUCCUCACCGUACAUUUUCCAACAGAUUAUCCUUUUAAGCCACCAAAGAUUGCUUUCACAACAAAAAUUUACCAUUCAAAUAUAAACAGUAAUGGAAGUAUUUGUCUAGAUAUCCUGAGGUCCCAGUGGUCACCAGCCCUGACUUUAUCAAAAGUUUUAUUGUCCAUAUGUUCUCUACUUUGUGAUCCUAACCCACAUGACCCUUUAGUACCAGAUAUUGCACAAAUAUAUAAAUCAGACAAAGAAAAAUACAACACACAUGCAAGAGAAUGGACUCAGAAAUAUGCAAUGUAAAAUGAAAAAAAUUUUUUUCAUAUAUACCAGAGUACUGUAAAAUCUAGGUUUUUUUCAUCAUUAGCAGUAAAUUGAGCACUGUUUACUGUUUCAUUGUACCAUGAAACUCUUUGAUUUUUACCCAUCUUAAGUGUGUUUUCUGAAGCAAGACAAAACAAACUUCCAAAAAUACCCUUAAGGCUGUGAUGAGAGCAUUUAUCAUUUUGUACGCAUUGAGAAAGACAUUUAUUACGGUAUUUAAGAUACUUGGACAUCUGCAUCUUCAGCUUACAAGAUCUACAAUGCAGCUGAAAAGCAACCAAAUUAUUUUUUGCUGAAACUAGAUGUUUUUACAUGAGAAAUACUGUAUGUGUUGUCUAAGAUGUCAUCACUUUUAUAAAUCUGUAUUCAGAUUUCAUUCUUUGUUAGCUCACUUUAUAAUUUGUAUUUUUUUACUGUAUAGACUAAAUAUAUUCUAUUUACAUGUGUGUCAACUCAUUAUUUUUUUCCUGUGAAUAGUAUUGAAAAAACCCAACAGCUGAUAAUUAAAUAAAUUAACUGUGUCUCCCUUGUCUUAGGAUAUUCUGUAGAUUGAUCGCAAAUUUCUUAAACCUGAAAUGAUCUUUACACUGUAAUUUUGAGUAUACUGAUUAUGGAGAAACACUUGUUUUGAUUUUGUAUACUUGACUUAACUUUAUUGCAAUGUGAAUUAAUUGCACUGCUAAGUAGGAAGAUGUAUAACUUUUAUUUGUUGCUAUUCACAUUUGAAUUUUUUUCUGUAUAGGCAAUAUUAUAUUGACACCUCUUA